CUGGUGUUGCUCAGGAGACUUGACCCAUGGGAGUGUACAUGUUGGAUCAAGUGACACACAGCUUUCAAACAAGCCCAAGUAACCACAAGGGAGUCAAUAAAGGAUCCCCCGUCUACUCCUCCACAAUACCAUACCACUCUCCCUGUGGACAAUUAACUUCACAUAAACCACUGUGCACAGCACACAAAUUAUUUACACACACACACCCGCAUGCACACAUAUAUAUAGACAACCGUACAUACAGUCAUUAUGCAUGGAUGUCUUGUGGACCUUGUCCUCCCAACACUGCAUGUAUUUCUGAGAAAGUAAGAACUUUGACAUAGUGAUCUAUAGUGCAAGGUAUUCUGAGAGAAUGAACUGAAAGGUUUGGGCCUAAUUUUAACAAGUGUCCCUGAAGACCGGCUUCUAUAAAAGCUUUGGAAAAAAAAACAUAGGUGAGCGUACAAAUACAAGAAGGUUGGCAGAAGUGUCUCAAACAGGUGUUAUCACACUGAGAAGCAGGAAUACCAAAACAACUCACAAGUUUCUGAAGACUGUGAAACCAUACGGAUAUCUUUGAGGCUCAGUUACCAGUAAGUGGAUUUUCUCUUUUCUAAAAUGUUUGGCUUACAAAUGCAUCUGCAUGCAAAAGGGUGUAGCAUUUUAAUUGAACAUUAUCACAUCAAAAUGAAAUAAAAAAUAAGGUAACAUAAGAAUUAAUGUUAAAGUGGUACAACAGUUACAACAAAAGAAAACCAAAAAGAAACCAGUCUAACAAAGGCAAAUAAUUUAUAUGUUUAAGCAAAAUAAAUGAUUAUGGUAUAUCCAUUUAAUUGGGAUUAGAUUGAGAGAAAAAAAUGUACUACAAGACUAAUGAAUUUAAAAAUACAUCUAGUGAAGUCCAAAACUAUUCCAUAUAUCAUUUCAAAUAUUUUAGUUCAGAAUGGGCCAUACCAAUUCUGAUAUUGCGAUCAACAGUAACUCUUAAAUUGUCUGCAAAGUUUAGGUUGUCCACCACUUGAGUGGUAAUGAGUCGCUGGCGGCAGUCGGUGGUGGAAAUCCAAACCAGAAAGAAGCAUGUGAAUGAAUGCGAGCGGGCACAGGCCACCCUAAGCAAAGUGACAGCCUGCUUCCAGCAAAUGGCCACCUCCUUGGGGAGCAACAUGGAUGGGAGCUUCCUUAGAGAGGAGCUGGAGGAAACCAGGACAUUAGCUCAUAAAAUAUGCUCAGGGCUUCACCGGAGGCUGCUAAGUCUGCUGAUAGAAAUGGAGCAAGGACAAGAGAACAAAGAGCAGGUUGAACGACUUUGGGUGAUCUUUUUGUCCAGUUUGGAAAACUUCCAGCAGGACCUAAAGAAGGUCAAAGUCUUGCAAGAGAUAUUUCCUCUGACCCAGCGCAAAGAUCGACGAGCCCUCAUCAAUGCAGGUUAUGCAGGUGGAACUUCAGAAGUAGCAGCUCGGGCAGCCAUGGUGCAAACGCCAUGGUUAUCAGUAGAGGAGACUGCAAGACUAGACCUGAAGAACCACAUAGUGGAGAUUGAUGUUUUGCUUGAAGAAAUGCUUCAAAGAGUUAAUGUUCCACUGUGGUCUGUUGAACCCACACAAGAAGCCUGGUUAGAAGGGGUUUCUAACCAAGAUGGUUGGCAAGAAGAGGAUGAACGCUUGGAGGACAUAAUGGAAGUGGAGGUGGUGUCUCAAAAUAAUACAUCAGGCUGUUGUAAUCAUCACAACUGCAAAGUAGGCUGUCUACUAUGCCUGCUUAGUUAGGUCCUGAAACUAGUUUAAAUAAAAUAAAAGUUUUGAAAUUGCAUUGCAGACAAUUAUAUUCCGUAAACCUUUCAAUUCAAUACAGAACAUUUUUUUAGACUAUAUUCUUACUUGAUCAGUUGGGUACCUAAAACUAUAUUUUAAAUAUAAUGUAAAUAAAACAAAGCAAUUAUUCAA